AUGUCUGAAAUCCGAUCUACGCUGAAAGCCGCCCAAGCGGCAGCGGUAGCCGCACAGGCCGUUGCGGAGAAAGUCGCCGCACAGACGGCGGCGGACAAAGCCGCUGCGACGGUGGCGCCGGAGCUUAAAGCGAAAUUUGAAGCCGGAAUAAUCACCAUGACAUUGAGCGGCAGUAAACCUGAGGAUUUGAAGAGGUUUCAAGUCACACAGGGAAAGUCAACAUCUGCCGAAAUUGUUUCCGGUGUAUCGUGGGCGAGUGCUACGGCCUCUUUGAAUUUCAUCGCUAACAAGAUCCCUUCAUGGAUCCGCCGCAAGCCCCCUCCUGUGCCCAAAGUCAGCAAAGAAAAACCCAACUGGGUUAAAACCAAUGGUGGCGCUGUAGGGGGAAACGAUGGUAGUGGAGGUGCCAAAGAAAAUGGUAACUGUGGUGCGGGAGGUGGAAAAGAAGGUGGGACCGGUGGCGCGGUAAGCGGCAAUGGUGGUGAGGGAGGCGUCAAUGGUGGUGGGGAAUAG